AUGAAGAGGAAAGAGACUGGAGACAUCCUCCUCCCAAAUUCUCCCUGCCCUGGCCACCAAAUCGGCCGCCCAGGCCGCGCUUCCCCCGUCGGACCCUGGCUCGCGCUGGCCGCCGCUCCCACCCGCCGCGCCACGCCCUGGCCCGCGCCGCGCCUGCGCCUGGCCGUCGCGCCACGGGCCUGUGACUGGCCGCCGCGCCCUGGGCCGCGCCUGGCCGCCGCGCCCCUGGCCCGUGCCCCGGCCGCCGCGCCCGCCUCCGCGUGGCCCCUGGCGCACGCCCCGGCCGCUGCGCCCGCCUCCGUGCCUGGCCGCCGCGCCCGCCUCUGCCUGGCCGCCGCGCCCGCCUUGCCUCACCCCAUCACGCGCUGGCCCGUCCUGCGCCCGCCUCUGCCUGGCCGCCGCGCCCGCCGUGCCUCGCCCCAUCACGCGCUGGCCCGUCCUGCGCCGCCCCGGCCCGCGCCGGCUCGCCCCACGCCGCCCAACACUGCUCCGACGAGCUCGACUCCGCCCCGCCCUUUCACGGAUGCCUCCAAGGCUGCCACGCCCGCGUCCGACGAAUUCGUGGCCAGCCGGCUGCCCACUCUCCCUUCCUCGAGCUCAGAACGCACGGCUCCGCCGAAAUUUGGUUGA